CUUUGUGAAAGUAAAAUUGAAGAUAAUAAGUUUCACAUUGUUAAUCUGCAACAAUGCAUGGAAUACUGUUAUCUUUAGCAGUUUUAUUGGUUGGGGUAUGUCUAUCGGAAGGGUUUUCGGCUCGUCAGGAGACAGAUUGCCAGCGAAGAAAUAGCCCAGGAUUAAUUUGUUCGGAAGAUUGUAAAAGUGUUUCUCUCUGUCUCAAAGACGGGUACAGAUGGCUAAAUGUCGACGUUGAUACAUGUACUGAUGGCCAAUUUUGCAAUUUGAGAGAAGGAGGAUGCUCUUCCAAACCUGGAGCAUGCAGUUCUGCAGGCACCAUGCAAUGCGACAACGAAGGAAUAUUUCCUGACCCCUACGACUGCCAAAGGUAUUAUUUCUGUACUGGAAAAGGAGCUGAUGGAAUAUUAAAAGAAUGCGUUGGUAAAAAUGCAUUCGAUGUCGUAACUGGAACGUGCACUUCAAGCUUGGAUUCCGAGAUUUGCAAGAAUCUCGCAGUAGACUGCCAAAGAGCUGGAGAAAACGGCCCAUGGCCAGGAGAUGAUCAUUUCUAUUACAUCUGCAAAACAAAAGUUGAUGAUGGUGUAAAGAGCUUGUACCCUCAAGUAUAUAAAUGCAGCGAUGGAGGAAAGUAUACAAAAGAAUCUGGCUGUCAGCGCUAAUAAAACAUUCAAUAAAUAAUUCCUAGAAUUCUUAUCAUUUAUUGUUUAUUGUUUUGCAGUUUGAAAUAAAUGU